AUCUCACAUCAGCUUCCACGUUUACUUGUUUUAGAAAUUAAACAUAAUAUAAAAUGAAACUUUUAUAGAGAGGUUUCGAACGAAAGUGUUGCGAGACUGAUAGAUGUGAAUCUUUGUUGGUACAACUGCAUGAAGAUCCCGCGAACCACAACAAAGGGGUUGUAACUGUUUCACAACGUUAUAUGUUCUGUGUUUUAUGAAGUUUUAUCUGUUGACAUUACUAGUUAUUCGUUUUAACGUAUUAUUUUUAUCAGUAUGACAAUGUUUUAAUAGUUUUAGUCUAUCGUUGCUGGACAAACUGGUAUUUUACUCUCUUGUGAUAUUGCACUGACGAGGUUACAGACAUUAUGGGUGACAAUAGAGUGGUUGUAUUGGUGGAUAUGGACUGUUUCUACUGUCAAGUUGAAGUGCGACUCCGACCAAUUUACAGUGGGAAACCUCUGGCUGUUGUUCAGUAUAAUGCAUGGAGAGGGGGCGGGAUAAUUGCUGUCAACUAUGAGGCCAGAGAUAAAGGUGUGAAAAGAGGAAUGCGGGGUGACCAAGCUAAAAAGUUAUGUCCAGAAAUAGUUUUAUGCAGAGUUGAAGAAAACCGUGGAAAAGCAGACCUCACAAAGUAUCGUGAUGCUGGAAGGGAAGUAGUGAAUGUCCUUCAUGAAUUUUCCAGCUGUAUUCAAGUUGCUAGUAUAGAUGAAUCCUAUAUGGAUAUAACUGAAGCUGUUGAGGAAAGGUUACUCCAGUUUUCAGAUGAUGAUUUUACUACGGCUAAGCUUUCCUCUACGUUUGUUAUUGGUUACACUGAUGAUAAUUCAAACGAUGAAGACCAAAGGGCUGUAGGAUUAGCAAAGUGGCUGGAAAAUGUCUCUGACCCAAGUUGUUUAAGACUUGCUGUUGGAGCUAUGAUCGCUGAAGAGAUGCGGGCUGCAGUUUUCGAACGCACAUCAUUCCGCUGCUCUGCGGGUAUAUCCUACAAUAAGCCUCUUGCCAAACUGGUUUGUGGUGUUCAUAAGCCAAAUCGACAAACAGUAUUGCCACCAGACAAGGUUGAAAUAUUUUUUUCCUCUCUUCCGGUACGCAAAAUGCGUAACCUUGGUGGAAAGUUUGGAAUGGAAGUAGUGGAACGUUUAGGUUGUCAGACUAUGGGUGAUCUUGCUAAGUUUAGCCUCCAAGACCUGCAACGUCAUUAUGAUGAAAAAAAUGGACUGUGGUUGUACAACAUCGCUCAUGGCAUUGACCAUGAACCAGUAACUGUACGCCUCAUAGCCAAAUCUAUAGGCUGUAGCAAAAACUUUCCUGGUCGAACUGCUCUCAGUACCAAAAAGAAUGUGGAAUAUUGGAUGCAUAAUUUAAUUUCAGAAUUAGUUGUACGCUUAACGGAAGAUCAGACAAAGAACAAGCGCCGUGCUCAACAUCUCACUGUUUCUGUAAGUCAAGAUGGAGAUAGUAAUUCCCUAGCAACUGUAACUCGCUCUGGUCCUCUUCCAUGCUAUGAUGUUGAUCGUAUUUUGAGCCUUGCAAUUCAACUUAUCUCUAAAACAAACACAGCUCCAACUUCUAGUCCUGUCUGGGAUCCUGCAAUUAAGAACAUAAGUUUAUCAGCAGGAAAAUUUACUGAUGACUGUACUUCCCAGAAAACAUCUAUUCAGUCUUUUUUUAAACAUGUGUCAAAAGAAAGUGAAAGCAGUCCAAGAAUUUCAGAGCUUGAAAGCAUGAAGAAACGACGUGGCGAUGAAGAUGAAAUUCUAGAGCCUAAAGAGAAAAAGCUUAAACGUUCUUCUCUUGAAAAUUACUUUAAACCAAGCACUGCAGCAUCCGACAAUGAUUCAAGUAUAGACAUGUUUCUAGAUGAGACAAGUAUGGGGAGUGACUAUAAUGAAAAUUUAUGUAGAAAAAAUGAGAAUGCAGAUUCAAAGAUCAAUUUUAAUAUGGAAAUAGGUAAGGGUGUUACUUCUUUUAGUCAAAUAAAUCGGUUAAAUAAGAGCAGUAAAUCUGAGACAACUGACUCAAGUUCUGUGGAAAGAAAUGAUCCCUCUCAGUCUGUAAAGCAUACGGAGCGUGUAGUCUGCCCUGAAAGUCUUGAAGAAGUUCGCACUCACUCUUUUUUUGCUCGGUAUAUUUUAUCUAAGAAAGAGGACACUUUAAAUGGUGCUAAUGUUGCGUCUACAUUAAAACCUGAGAGCAAGAAAUUGCUUGGUGCAACAUCUGCCAACGUCUCAAUAGAAUCAGAAGGAAUUUGCUCGAAUGACCCUGAUGAAAACUGUGACAAUACUGAGGAGAUGUAUGAAAAAUGUGAAGAAUGUGGUGAAUUAGUUGCACUUCAAGAAUUUCCUGAACAUGUUGAUUACCACAGUGCUUUGAAACUUCAGAAAGAGCUAAAUGAGACCCUUACACCACCAGAAAAUAAUGAACCCGGCCCAUCCAAUGUAAACAGUAAAAAGGCUUCUCACCCUCACCGCUCGAAUGAUUCUGUAAAUAGCAUCCCUGAGACACACGUGGAAGAGAAUGAAUUGAAGAAUGAACCUCCAAUGGAAAAAUGUAGUUCCUGUGGCAAGAUGAUACCAUUACAGGACUUCCCAGAGCAUGUUGAUUAUCACAGUGCUCUUAAUCUACAAAGGGAACUUAACAAAGCUAAUAAUGCACCUCCUGUAGUUGCAUCAUCAAAUGUUGCAGCAGCACAAGGAGGAAAAAAGAAGAAGGGUCGUGCAGCCAAGCAAAUAUCACCAACUAAGAAAGGUCGCCCCUCACCAACCAAGAAACCGCAGUCAAAUACAAUAGCUUCAUUUUUUGGUCCAAAGCAAGACUAGGAUUGAAAAUUUU